AUGCCCCGUUCGCCCUUCCCUUCCCCCGUGCCUACUUUCCUCCCUCCCCCUAUCUACUCCCAGGUGCGGGCGCGCGCCUUCAGCUCGCCAUCAGCCUUCUUAGGCAUCCUACUGCGCGGCACAGAGAUUGUGUGGGAGCUCACCAUGUUCUUCCUCUCCCUCUCCUCUCCCCGCACCCCACGUCUCCCAUUCCCCUCCUUCCUCUCCUCCCAGGUGCGAGCGCGGGCCUUCAGCUCCCCCUCCGCCUUCCUGGGCAUCCUGCUGCGAGGCAUGGAGAUCGUGUGGGAGCUCACCAUGUUCUUCCUCUCCCUCUCCUACGACAAGCUAGUCGGCCUCGAUGAGCGCAACGUGCCCUACCAACCUUCCUCUUCCUUCCU